UCCAUUAUGGUGGCUUCAAGGCCAUCUCUUUAGAAUCUUUCUAACGCGUUCUCGUAUAAUAUACGCUGUUUACAGUUUACAGUUUUAUAUUCUCUCCCCUUUGCCUUUCUCUCUCAACCGUUCUUUUCAAUUCAAUUUUCAUUGGAGAUUGAUAGUCCUGGUUUUCUGAGGAAAGUUGGCUAUAAACCUGCUUCAGAUGGGGUGGGGAAACAUAUACAAGAGACGCAUAAGAGUUUUCUCGUUGGCACUCGUAAUAUACUUGGACUAUAAGGCUUUACAGCAGAGAGAUAAAUGGACAAGAAAGUCAAAGAAAGCUGCUCUUUGGGAGAAAGCUCACGAACGUAAUGCUAGACGUGUUCUUAAAGUGAUGGUGGAGCUGGAGGGUUUGUGGGUAAAGCUUGGACAGUAUCUAUCUACUCGUGCUGAUGUGCUUCCUCAGGCCUAUAUUUCCCUUCUGAAGCAGUUACAGGAUUCUCUUCCUCCUCGCCCCUUAGAAGAGGUUUGCCAAACCAUACAGAAGGAGUUGGGGAAAUCCAUGGAAGAGAUUUUUUUGAAUUUUGAUGAAGUGCCUCUUGCGACUGCAUCGAUAGCACAAGUUCAUCGUGCAACUCUAAGUGAUGGACAGAAUGUAGUUGUCAAAGUUCAGCAUGAUGGCAUUGAGGCAGUAAUAUUGGAGGAUCUGAAGAAUACAAAGUCAAUAGUUGACUGGAUAGCAUGGGCAGAGUCUCAAUAUGACUUCAAUCCAAUGAUAGAUGAAUGGUGCAAAGAAGCACCUAAAGAAUUGGAUUUCAACCAUGAGGCUGAAAACAUAAGAAAAGUUUCCAAAAAUUUAGGAUGCACUGGCAAGUAUGGUGAUGAUGUACCAGCCAAUCAUGUAGAUGUACUGAUCCCAGAAGUUAUUCAGUCAACAGAAAAGGUCCUCAUUCUGGAAUACAUGGAUGGUGUUCGUUUAAAUGACCUUGAAUCACUACAAGCUUUGGGUGUUGACAAACAAAAGCUCGUGGAAGAAAUCACACGGGCAUAUGCUCACCAGAUUUAUGUUGAUGGAUUUUUUAAUGGUGACCCUCAUCCUGGAAACUUUCUUGUGAGCAAGGAACCUCCACAUCGUCCAAUCCUUCUUGAUUUUGGGCUCACUAAAUCACUAUCAAGCUCUAUGAAACAAGCUCUAGCGAAAAUGUUUCUGGCAUCUGUUGAGGGUGAUCAUGUUGCACUCCUAUCUGCUUUUGCAGAAAUGGGCCUUAAGUUACGCUUGGACAUGCCAGAGCAGGCGAUGGAGAUAGCAAAUGUGUUUUUCCGUGCAUCAAGACCAGCAAAUGAAGCUCUUGAAAAUGUCAAAUCUUUAGCUGAGCAAAGGGCUAGAAAUAUGAAGUUCAUACAAGAAAAGAUAAAUCUUAACCAAAAUGAAAUAAAAUAUUUUAAUCCGGUUGAUGCUUUCCCAGGUGAUAUUGUUAUAUUUACCCGUGUCAUCAAUCUGCUCAGAGGGCUUUCAUCGACAAUGAAUGCUCGAAUAGCAUAUUUUGAUAUUAUGAGACCAUUUGCUGAAUCUGUUUUACAGAGGAGCCAUAGUGAAGGCUCAUCACUGAACAAAGAUUGGAUCUUCAAUAGCCCUGCCCAUUCUGAUAUUGAAGUCAAGCUGAGAAAUCUCCUAACUGAACUAGGGAAUGCCAAUAAAAUCCUUGGAAUCCAGGUAUGUGCCUACAAAGAUGGAGAAGUGAUCAUUGAUACUGCUGCUGGAAUUCUGGGAAGAUAUGAUCCUCGACCGGUUCAACCUGAUAGCUUAUUUCCAGUUUUCUCAGUAACAAAGGGAAUCACAUCUGGACUGUUACAUUGGCUAGUUGAUAAUGGGAAGUUGAGGCUUGAGGAUAACAUCCAAAACAUUUGGCCAGGAUUUGGAUCAAAUGGAAAAGAUCGAAUAAAGGUUCAUCAUGUGCUUAACCACACCAGUGGUCUGCAUAAUGCUCUAGCUGAGCUUAUGCGGGAGAACCCAUUGCUAAUGACUGAUUGGGAUGAAUGUUUGAACUGCAUGGCUAUGACAGCCCCUGAAACUGAACCUGGCAGUCAGCAGCUGUACCACUAUUUGUCAUUUGGUUGGCUUUGUGGAGGCAUUAUAGAGCAUGCAUCAGGAAAGAAGUAUCAGGAAAUUCUCGAAGAAGCAUUUAUUCAUCCUCUUAAGAUUGACGGCGAGCUGUAUGUUGGAAUUCCUCCAGGAGUGGAGUCCCGGCUGGCCACGCUAACUUUGGACAUGGAUGAUCUAAACAAGAUCUCUACUAUUGGCAACCGUUCAGACCUACCUUCCAGCUUCCAGCCACAAGAUAUUUUGCAGCAGCUGACCAGUCUUCCUUCUCUGUUUAACACCCUCCAAGCUCGCCGAGCCAUCAUACCAGCUGCAAAUGGACACUGCUCAGCUCGUGCACUUGCACGCUACUAUGCUGCACUUGUUGAUGGAGGGGUGGUGCCAGCACCCCAUUCUUCUUCGGGGCCUCCACUUGGAAGCCAUCUUCACACUCCAAAAUUUCCUACUAAGAAUAUUUGCAAGAAAAAUAGAGCUGCAAAUAUCAAAAACUUGUUGACUGCAUCGAAGAAGAUUGGUAACUUUCACCAACGGCAAGAACGUGAUAGUUCUGGUGGAGGUAAUUCUCGCAGGACUGCAAGGGGUAACAGUUACACUAGAGUUCCUGUCGACUCUAGCAGCAGCAAACCUUGUGCAUCUGAAGGUGAUAGUUUUGAUGGUAGAAAUGUUAGCAAGCUCUUCUGUAGCCCUCGGAUUCAUGAUGCUUUCAUGGGCGUUGGAGAAUAUGAAAAUCUUGCCCUUCCAGAUGGGCAGUUUGGGCUUGGUUUUAAGAGAUCUUACACAAUGAGUGGCGACAUUGUUGGCUUUGGGCAUUCAGGUAUGGGUGGCUCUACUGGCUAUUGCAACAUAGAACACAGAUUUGCAAUAGCUGUGACUAUCAAUAAGAUGUCAAUGGGGACUGUAACUGCUAAAGUAAUCGAUUUAGUUUGCACAGAGCUUAAUAUCCCAUUGCCAAAGGAGUUGCAUAGGUUUGUGGAGGGAUCACCUGAUGACGUGCUAAAUUCGGGAACACCUAUCAUCAAUUGAGGGAAAUCCAUUUUCACAAGUUUUUUUAUUGUGCAAAUAUGUACAUGGAGGAGCAUUUGUUGCCUCAUCCUUUGUUAAGUUUAAGAUUUGGGUUUUGGGUGCUGAAGGUUCGUCCGGCUUUGAUUGACUAGUUCGCACCUGAAAUUUCAGAAAUGUGCGAACUGUGAAGAGGGAUUUUUUUCUUUUGGAAUGAACUUAAAAUUAAAUAUCC